GUAGAGGGGGGCCCUCCAGCGCUGGAGUGCCAUUCGGGGGAAAGAAGAGUCCGGCGGUGGAGAGCGUCUGCUCUUCGGAUGUGGAGGAGAGCCUUCGUCUUGAUUUGGUGCCCCUCCGCUCUGGACAUGCGUGGCUCGGGCUGGCUGUGAUCCCCUCCCCCCCAAAAAGACUCCUCUCCCCUUCCAUGGUGAGCCUUCGUCCCUGGGAGUCGCCUUAGGAGCUGCUCGAGGUGCCCCAGCGCUUCCUUCUCUCGCCAGGAGCCUUUAAUUGAUGAACUGGAACUGAAUAUCUUGACACUGUCCUGCUGACUUGUGACUGUUGGAAAUGGAGCCAAAAGUUGGCAACCUUACAUUUGGCUUCCAGCGAAGCUCGGCGUCAGAUGAUGACUCUGGAUGUGCCUUAGAAGAAUAUUCAUGGGUUCCUCCAGGUCUUAGACCAGAACAGGUACAACUGUACUUUGCUUGUCUGUCAGAGGAGAAGAUUCCUUAUGUUAACAGUCCAGGAGAGAAACAUCGAAUUAAACAGCUUCUUUAUCAGCUCCCACCCCAUGAUAAUGAGGUGAGAUACUGUCAAUCUUUAAGUGAAGAAGAGAAGAAGGAACUUCAAAUAUUUAGUUCCCAGAGAAAGAAGGAAGCACUGGGACGAGGCACAGUCAAAUUACUUCCUCGAGCAGUUAUACAUGCUCUUUGUGAACAGUGUGGUACAAAGAUAAAUGGAGGUGACGUUGCAGUAUUUGCUUCAAGAGCUGGACCUGGAGUUUGCUGGCAUCCAUCCUGUUUUGUGUGCUUUACAUGCAAUGAACUCCUUGUUGACUUAAUCUAUUUCUACCAAGAUGGGAAAAUCCAUUGUGGCCGACACCAUGCUGAAUUACUCAAGCCACGAUGUUCUGCGUGUGAUGAGAUUAUUUUUGCUGAUGAAUGCACAGAAGCAGAAGGUCGUCAUUGGCACAUGAAACACUUCUGUUGCCUUGAGUGUGAAACCAUACUUGGAGGACAGAGAUAUAUAAUGAAGGAUGGGCGUCCAUUCUGCUGUGGCUGUUUUGAAUCCCUGUAUGCGGAAUAUUGUGAAACUUGUGGGGAACACAUUGGGGUUGAUCAUGCUCAAAUGACUUAUGAUGGACAACACUGGCAUGCCACCGAAACUUGCUUUUCAUGUGCUCAGUGCAGAGUUUCUCUACUCGGCUGCCCUUUCCUUCCCAAGCAAGGCCAGAUUUAUUGUUCUAAAUCCUGCAGCCUGGGAGAGGAUGUUCAUGCUUCGGACUCUUCGGACUCUGCCUUCCAGUCUGCUCGCUCAAGAGAUUCCAGAAGAAGUGUUCGCAUGGGGAAAAGCAGUCGGUCUGCAGACCAGUGCAGGCAAUCUCUCCUCUUGUCUCCAGCACUGAACUACAAAUUCCCUGGUCUUUCCAGCAAUGCUGAUGAUACGCUCUCUCGGAAACUGGAUGAUUUAAGUUUGUCAAGGCAAGGAGGAGGCUUUGUAGAUGAAGACCUCUGGAAAGGAAGGCAAGAGGAAGUACCUGAUGAUCCAGAGGAGUGGGCUGAGCAUGAAGACUACAUGACACAGCUGCUCCUAAAAUUUGGCGAUAAAGGCCUCUUUCAGCAACCAGUGGAAGUAGAUGUGAGAUCAAAUGAGCCAUGGAUAUGUGAGAGUAUCGUUCAGGGGAGAUCAGAAUUGAAGAAAAAUAGUCAAAGCCUAGCAAGUAAGAAAUACCAGUCAGAUAUGUACUGGGCACAGUCCCAAGAUGGGCUGGGAGAUUCUGCGUAUGGAAGUCACCCCGGACCUGGAAGCAAUAGGAAAAUCCAAGAGUUGGAAAUGGAACAUGGCACAACUAGAUACAAACAUGACCAAAAGCCAUGGUAUGAUGACUCACUAGAGCGUUUGUCAAACCUGAAGCAACAGGAGCAGUGUGUUCGGGAUUCAAUGGAUUCACUUGCCCUAUCUAAUAUCACAGGUGCUUCUGCUGAUGGAGAAGUCAAACCGAGACCUUCUUUGUAUUCCUUACAAACCUAUCAGGAACUGGACACAGAAGACUGUGAGAAAUUGAGCAACAUGGGAACACUGAAUUCCUCAAUGCUUCACAGGAGUACAGAAUCUCUUAAAAGUUUAAGCUCUGAAUUAUGUCAAGGUGAGACGCUGCCAGAAGAGAAGCCGAUGCAUGUGCCCGUACUAAGAAGAUCCAAAUCACAGAGCAGGCCUCAGCAAGUCAAGUUUUCAGAUGAUGUAGUUGAUAACGGAAAUUAUGAGAGUCUCGACAUCCGUCAACCUCCCAUGAGUGAAAGGACUCGCAGACGUGUUUUUCAAUAUGAGGACCAAGGGAAGAGGCAUCAUCAUCGUCACAGGAGGAGUCGAAAGUCUCGUUCUGACAAUGCACUUCAUUUGGCUGCAGAAAGAAAACCUCAAAAGGAGAGACUUAAUUUUUAUUCUCCUCAGGAUUACAGCAAAUUAAUUCAAAAUAAAAGUCCUCAUGCCAUUCGGGCAUACACUCCCAACUCAUACAGUCAAUAUACUCAUGUUGCUUCCAACUAUGCAUUGGGGAAUCAAAGAGAUCAGGUUUUUGGAUUCUUUGGUGAGGAAGAAGACUCUUGGUGUUCAUCUUCAUCAUCGUCUGAUUCUGAAGAAGAGGGAUAUUUCUUAGGCCAGCCAAUUCCACAGCCCAGAUCAGUGAGAUACCCCUACUAUGCAGAUGUCCUUUCCAGUCCACCUACUGAGCUCCCCAGUUCUCACUUUGGACAGAGAACAAAAUCCAAAAAGAGAAAAUCGCACAAAGGGAAAAACUGUAUAAUUUCUUAAGUUUUACUAGGAAUUAUUGACUCUGUGCCUACACUGUUCUUCAAAUCCUAUGUAGAUAAAUGGUUUAAAUACAGCCUAUAACAUGGACAGUCCAUUCCAUGGAUUGUCCAUCUGUAUCAUCUCCCAAGGCUCUGUACGUAAUCAACAGAACUAAGAGGCAUGUAAGUUUGAUUCUAUGCAGAUGUAGAAUUUUAAAAGCCCUUCUAACAACUGAAGAUAAUCCAGUAAAACAAAGUGCAGUCCUAAAAUUGGAAAGAAUUCAACAUUUUGGGCCAAGACCUCAUUUCAUACUUUAAUUGUCUAGUUAGAAGAUGCUCGGUUGCAUUUCCCAUAACAUUUAAUCAUUUAGUGUGCUAUCAUGGAUUGAUGGGAGUUGCUGUUCAACAACUUCUGAGGGUCAACAUAUUCCUUAAACUUGGGUUAGUGCUACAUGUAUGAGCUGGAACAAGCCCAAAUAAUAGUUUCAGCUGGUGCAUAUCUAUUUCUUUUGUAUGGUUAGCAGGACCACAGUGAGACUAAGUUUCAUUUGCACUGGCUGUGAGAUUGUCAUAUACAAACCAGGAAAAAUAUUUGACAAACUUCAAGUUUGUUAAAAACAAGCUAAUAUGAAACAGAAUAGUUUAUUGAGUGCAAGCUGGGGGGCGGGGUUUGAACCAAACUAAUCUGUAUUCUAAACAGGUUAUAUUUCAAACUCGCUUCAAAUGGUGAUGAGGAAAAAUACUUACAUUCAUCACCUACUUAGUUAAUGAUGUGUAACUGCAGUUCUCCUGGUCCAGUCCUCCAAGCCCACUUUGACAGCUAGCAGCUGCACUGAAUCAAAGAAUUGGAAGAGACCUCAUGGGCUGUCCAGUCCAACCCCCUGCCAAGAAGCAGGAAAGUUGCAUUCAAAGCACCCCCGACAGAUGGCCAUCCAGCCUCUGUUUAAAAGCCUCCAAAGGAGCCUCUACCACACUCCGGGGCAGAGAGUUCCACUGCCGAACAUCUCUCACAGUCAGGAAGUUGCUCUCACAGUCACUGAGUGAUGGAUGUCUGCUCAGAUGGCAACCAUAGAUUAGAACCAUAAAAUCACAGCGGUGGAAGAGAUCUCAUGGGCCAUCCAGUCCAGCCCUCUGCCAAGAAGCAGGAAAAUCGCAUUCAAAGCACCCCCGACCAGGGCACAGGAAAACAAAGUUUCUGUCCCCCUCACAUCUGCAAUGUGGAAUUGUGACAGUUGUAGUCCUUCAGAUUGUCAAAGCCUGGAAACCUGCUUUUCCUGAGCCUUGAUCGCCAUCUAAACAAAUUUUCAUCACUCGAUGUGGCUGGUGUCCAGUGAGGCAGGAAGGCUAUUUACAACUGUGGCAAAAGUGCCAUGACCACAAAUACAUAGUAUUACUCAAUGCAAACCAUAUUCAGGGGUAACUGCUACUAAUCUGUAACCACAAUACUCAGUGCCAGCCAUUAUCACAACAUAAAACAUUAAGCCAAAGUUUUCAACUAAAAAUCUACUGCAGGAUCGUCUAGGGCAGUGGUUCUCAACCUGUGGGUCCCCAGGUGUUUUGGGCCUCCAACUUCCAGAAAUCUCAGUUUACCAGCAGUUAGGAUUUCUGGGAGUUGAUGGCCAAAACAUCUGGGGACCCACAGGUUGAAAACCACUGGUCUAGGACAUCUUAUGUGUGGAUGUAAUACUAAAGGAGAGGCUGUCAGUCUGACAUUCCAUGCUUGUUGGGAUUUAAAAAAAUAUUCAUAGGGAAACAGGUUGCCAAUCUUCUACCAAACAUGGUUUAGUAUUGUCCGUGCAUAGCCAGUGUCUCACACUGUGCAUUCCUGUUAAUCUGUAUUAAUGCCGCCCAACCAGUCUGAUGAACUAGUAUGCUCUAGCAGGAUUUAAAACACAAAGCAAGUGAUUUAAAUCCUGCCAAACUGACUUCUGUUUAAUUUUUGUUUUGAGUGAUCUUCACUCAGGAAAAAGCAAUUGAGCAUAAAAUGUUCACUGCCCUCAAGCGACUUUUCAUGUGUUGUAAGCCAAAGCCCCAUGUAUGAAACUAAUUGUACGAACUUAGUGAGUCCGCUUACUGUUGUAAAACAAACAAGGAUCCUGAAUGUCGAAACACUAUCCCAGCUUCCAAAUGUAGUAUAUGAGCAGCAGUUAGAAACAACUAAUAUUUAUAAUGUAGUAUUUCAUAGCUGAAACUGUGUUCAUAACACUGCAAAUAAUGUACAUAUUGUAAAGUUAAAAUGUAAGACUAUUUUUAUAUCCCUGAAUUGAAAGACAUUUGUUUAAAAUACAAAGAGUAGUUUUAUUUGAGGGUUUAACAUCAGCUUGAGUCAACAGGGGUUUGCUAAAUGUUCAUAAGUUUAUAGUAGUGACAUGUUUAAUUUUUGACAGUAAUGCUCUGUUUGCAUGGUGGAGCUAUGUAAAUACUGUUUAAGCUAAGGUUCUUAAUAUUAAAGGAAUUAUUUAUGGGUCAAGGAAACCAAAUUGUGUAGGUAGUGCGCACACACAUCCUGGUAUAUACAAACUCAUCAAAACACACAGCUUGGUAUAACAUGCAACAAAGUACUGUUUUAGAAACUGACACCAUGUUUUAAAAUGUAUAGUGAAUAGUUAUCUACAAUUUGCAAUAAAAAAUAAAAAAUCAUUUCUCGGGAGCUGACAUAUACGAGCAGUGGAAUAUUGCAAGUUAUUUAAGCAGCCAUAAUUUAAAGACUAUUGAAUCACCAUCUGAGAAAUGAAACCUUAUUUCUGAUUCGGUUUAAUAACCAAACUGACAUGAUGCAUAGGAAAUUAUGGCCUUGUGCUUGUAAAAAGAAUGGGCUGAUUGAAAAAAGAAGGCAACUCCUGUCAAGUCUCCUCUCUAAAACAAGCCAAAUACAACUCUACAUCUUAUAAUUUUCUCUUCAAUUUACCCAAUUUGGGAAAAUCUUUUUGGAGCUGUUUGUAGUCUUAAAUGAUUUCCUGAUCCUAAAUGAUAUGAUGCCCCUGAAAUGGGCAGCAGAGACAUCUCUUACAAACAUUGCAACAUUUCCAGGAACACAUCACAUGCUUCAUUGCAAGAGAUGCAUAUGUUUAGGACAUUGAAACUAGAGAAUAUUCAAAGUGCCAAAUCACAAUUGUGCAAUGGAUUCAUUUAAAGUAAGCUUUAUCUUUAUCAAUGGAUACUAUAGUCAAAGACAAGCCACUGAACUGCGUCAUAAGAAUGCUCCACUUGUAUGACCUAUUGGGAAAGUGAGGCAGAAACAGAUUCAGCAUAGGUAAUAAUCCUGGAAAAUAUCAAAUUCAUCUGGGCAACUAUACCAUUUGUACAAUGUCAACUUGUAUAGCUCUGUACCUGUUUAAAAUUGUUGUCUUCAAUACACUCAUUUGUAAAAAUAAACAAAUCUAUUAAUAUGCUGCAAA